AGUCCUCGCCGGCCACUCGACUCGAAUCAUUCGCAAGCAAAUAUGUGAAGGACAACGACGUGUGUGGACCGACAGAUCGACUAGAGCCAGAACCCUCUUCGAACUGCAUAAUAAAGAAUAUUAUAGAAUCGAAUCGAAUCGAAACGACCGAUCGAGUGUUGUCCAUCGUCGACUGUGGAGUGCGUGAACGAAUUUCGAAGCGUGAGGGAAUUGCAUUGAGUUAGCGCAGAAAUGGCCGACGAAGCACAAGCACCACCUGCUGAGGGCGCACCACCAGCCGAGGGCGCACCACCAGCCGAGGGCGAGGCACCACCACCAGCCGAGGGCGAGGCCGCACCACCGGCCGAAGGCGAGGUCGUACCCGCCGAGCCCGCUGAGCCCAUCAAGCACAGCUAUACCCUGUUCUACUUCAACGUGAAGGCUCUGGCCGAACCACUCCGCUAUCUGUUCGCCUAUGGCGCCAUGGAGUACGAGGAUGUGCGCGUCACCCGCGACGAGUGGCCAGCCCUGAAGCCGACCAUGCCCAUGGGCCAGAUGCCCGUGCUGGAGGUGGACGGAAAGCGUGUGCACCAGAGCAUCUCGAUGGCCCGCUUCCUCGCCAAGACCGUUGGCCUGUGCGGUGCCACUCCGUGGGAGGAUCUGCAGAUCGACAUUGUUGUUGACACCAUCAACGACUUCCGUCUAAAAAUUGCAGUCGUCUCGUACGAGCCGGAGGACGAGAUCAAGGAGAAGAAGUUGGUCACCCUGAAUGCCGAGGUCAUUCCAUUCUAUCUGGAGAAGUUGGAGCAGACCGUCAAGGACAACGACGGCCACUUGGCCUUGGCCAAGUUGACCUGGGCCGAUGUCUACUUUGCCGGCAUCACCGACUACAUGAACUACAUGGUGAAGCGCGAUCUGCUGGAGCCAUACCCGGCUCUGCGUGGCGUGGUCGAGGCCAUCAAUGCCCUGGAGCCGAUCAAGGCAUGGAUUGAGAAGCGUCCCGUCACCGAGGUCUAAGCGGGCCCAACGAAGUUCGGAGGAAGGAAAAACAUUGCACAAACAACACACCAGAAACACACACUCUCACAAACACACGCACACAUUUUUGCACACAUUUGCACAGAUUUUGUUCCUUUUGGCUUAGGAUCGGAUGGGAUCCGCGGAGCAGGCGGUACUUCACACGGGGUUACGUUCGAGACGAGACUAUUGAUUCGUUGAGCCGUAUUUCUUUUAGCACAUGGCACUACGGAUAAUUCGUGAUUGCUUAAUUUUUUCUGUUAUAAUUCUCUUUGCAUGACGCUAUAUCUAUAACUAUUUGGAUCCGACCACGGAUCGACUUUCGUUCGCUUAACCAUAAUGAAAAUGAUAAUACUUAUUGCACAGUCUAUAAUAUUUUUGCAUACCUAUAUCUAGUACAUACGCAUCCAUACAAACGCCUACUCUAAGACUAUUUCUAAAAUCUAUAUCGUGAACUUAUCUUUUAGACCUAUUCUAUUCUAUUGUAUUCUAUCUAACCGCGAAGAGCUCAAGGCCAAUUGAAAAAAAAAAAUAUUUAAAUAACUACAGCGACAGCUGCUCAGCAACAAUUACAAAUGCACAUCGAUUGUUACAUUCACUUUAAUAUUUUGGUUUCGUUACACAUUACACUUUUAGUCAGCCCCCAGGAAUUUUCUUCGUCUUGAUCCUGUUCAGAUCCCUAUCAAUGAAAACGUUAAAAGACUCAAAGACUCAGAAAUAGAACCGGAUACUUUCAAAAUUAUAUUCAAGCUUAGCAAUUUGAAAUGAUUGGAUCCCAAACAGACACCUAAACAACUGCCACAUUUUUUUUUUGUACACCGAAUGCACACGCACUCUUGCAAUUUUGUAAUUGUAAUAUUAAAUAUUUUCACCAAACAUCUAAAUAAACAAAACACCAAAAAAAAUGAAGGAAUGAGCACUUUGAAAGCA